CGCCGGCUCCAGCCGACUGGGCCCCGGGCCCGUCCCCUCCCGCGCCGCCCGGGCGAUGAGAAGCUGCUUCUGCGUGAGACGGAGCCGGGACCCGCCGCCGCCACUGCCGCCGCCGCAGCCGCCCCAGCGGGGAACAGACCAGUCCACCAUGCCUGAAGUGAAAGACCUUUCAGAAGCCUUGCCAGAGACUUCCUUGGACCCCCUCACGGGGGUCGGGGUGGUAGCUUCACGGAACCGUGCCCCCACAGGCUACGACGUGGUCGCACAGACAGCAGAUGGUGUGGACGCUGACCUCUGGAAAGAUGGCCUGUUUAAAUCCAAGGUCACCAGGUACCUGUGCUUCACCAGAUCGUUUUCCAAAGAAAAUAGCCAUUUGGGGAACGUGUUAGUGGAUAUGAAGCUGAUUGACAUCAAGGACACACUGCCUGUGGGCUUCAUCCCAAUUCAGGAGACAGUGGACACACAGGAAGUGGCUUUCCGAAAGAAGAGGCUGUGUAUCAAGUUUAUCCCCCGGGAUUCAACGGAAGCUGCCAUCUGUGACAUUCGCAUCAUGGGCCGGACCAAGCAGGCCCCUCCUCAGUACACGUUCAUCGGGGAACUGAACAGCAUGGGGAUUUGGUAUCGGAUGGGCAGAGUACCAAGAAACCACGAUGCGUCUCAAACCACCACGCCUUCCCCGUCAUCUGCUGCUUCCACCCCAGCCCCCAACUUGCCCAGGCACAUCUCCCUAACGCUGCCUGCCACCUUCCGCGGCAGGAACAGUACCCGGACGGACUAUGAGUACCAGCACUCCAAUUUGUAUGCCAUAUCAGCAAUGGAUGGUGUGCCUUUCAUGAUAUCUGAGAAGUUUUCUUGUGUUCCAGAAAGUAUGCAGCCCUUUGACCUCCUGGGAAUCACCAUCAAGUCUUUGGCAGAAAUUGAGAAAGAGUACGAGUACAGCUUCCGCACGGAGCAGAGUGCCGCAGCCAGGCUCCCGCCCAGCCCCACCCGGUGCCAGCAGGUGCCGCAGUCCUGAGCCGCACCGGGAGAAGACGCGCCUCCAGAGACACUACUGACCCCGUCCCUCCUUCCCUGCCUGGGGGGCCGGAGACCCUGGGCAGUCACGAGGUCACCUCGUGGCCUCAGCUUGCCUGCUGUGACACCUGGCCUCCCGGGGCCUCACCCACAACCGCAACUAACCUGUGUGCUGUAGCGACCGGCGCUGCUGACCGUACGGGCGACCACCAGCUCCUCGAAGAAGCCUUUCCCGCUCGGGCACACAACAGCCCCGGGCAGGUGCUCAGGCCGCCCAGCGAUGCCAGCCAGCCGGCUCCUCCUCCCCCUGACUG